CAACAUCACCGCAUAUCUAAUGCAUUAGUUGUGUGCCUAGUAAAUGUAAUUACGGCAAUUGUGUUUCAAAUCAAAUAAAUUCGUCGCAAACUCCGUUUCGAAAGCAAGUUGCAACUCUUAAAACAACUUGUUGCUAAUUGGCGCAAAGACAUGCGCUGAGUUUCUUCUAAUAUUGGCAUAGAUAUAUUUUUUACAAUUGUGCGCUUUCUUCCAGUUAAACACCAAAAUAAUAAAAAUGUUUAAAGUUAAUGCCGUAUUUGUGUGCUUUUUUAUCUUGUGGAAUGUUAAUAAAAGCGAGCAAAGUAUGUGGGAACAAGUAGCCAAAUGUGUUAAGGAAUGGUCAAAAAAAUUAGGCAAUGAGCUUUACAAUCUCAGUACGACCAUGACACGGAAAAAAGAAAUUGAAAAGAGUUUUAGUCAAAUCGCGGACAAAAUCCAUUAUGAGUCAGAUAUGCGUCUCCUGCGUCACAUCACUGAGAAUAUGAUGAAAACUAUGGAAAAGAAAAAACAAGCAGUUGAGCGUAUUGCACAAUACGCUGAAUUUUUAGCUUACCACCGAAAAAAUGAUUACAUUGAACCCAAUGGAACAUUUUAUUUCUACAAUGCUAAUAACAUAACAAACACCACGUGUGACUGUGGUAAGGAAAAAGAGUUGGAGAAGGAGAUACAAGAAGCUAAGUGUGUUUGGUGGUGCGAACAGAAAGAUCUACCGGUGACUAAACCCUUGAAGCACAAUUAUUUCACAAAGAGGCGGAUUGAAGAAUUGUUUGCCCCUGCUUGUGACUGUUCUAGACCCAUUGACAGGACCCGACCGCAGGAAAAUUUUAAUUUGCUACCACUGAAGAAACACCCGAAUUAUGGAGACACUCCGGUUAAUUUAAACUUAAGCGUUGUUAAAAUUGCCACAAAUAUUUACGAGCGAGAACAAGAAGUACUACAAGGGGUGCGUUGGAGCGAACCUUUAGAUAUGAUUUUUAAAGAGAAUUUGGAUAAAGAUCCGACGCUCAAAUACCAGUACUUUGCCAGUCCGCAUGGUUAUAUGCGACAUUUUCCUGCUGUGAAGUGGUCUGAUGAGCGGUACGACCAGACGUACGACCCUCGAACCCGCUCCUGGUACACCGAAGCAAUGACUUCGCCAAAAGAUGUGUUCAUUCUUUUGGACAGUUCGGGAUCUGUCUGUAAACUCAAAAGAAAAAUUGCGGCUCAUAUAGUUAACAAUAUUUUGGAUACUCUCAACGAUAACGACUUUGUGAACAUUUAUCUCUUUGCAAAUAGUACUAGGCCGCUAGUACCGUGUUUCAAGGACACUCUAGUGCAAGCAAACGAGGAGAAUCUCCGCUUGUUGCGGGAGACUUUGGACAAUUACAAGCCCGACUUCCAGGCAAACGUGGCAGUUGGACUGGAGAAAGCCUUCACUCUUUUGGCCGAAUUUCGGGAGAAAGGGAUCGGUUCGCUGUGUAACCAGGCAAUAAUGCUGAUAACAGAAGAGGCAUUUUUCCGCGAAGACGAGAAGAACUUUUUCAACCGUUCAAACUGGCAGUACGGCACUCCGGUCCGUGUUUUCACGUAUCAGCUCGAACGGAGCGAAUCCGACGCGCGGCUUUUGGAGUGGAUUGCGUGUUCGAAUAAGGGAUAUUUCGUGAAUAUUUCCCUAAUGCAAGAAGUUCGGGAGAAAGCAUUGCCGUAUUUGAAUGUAAUGUCACGACCUAUUAAUUACUGUCACAAAGACAACCCUCCGAGAGGUGAACUGAUAUGGAGUUAUUUAUACAUCGAUCUCGCGGAUCGCAGAUACACAAAUUGGCUGUGGAGGAAGCUGGAGGGUAACAGGCAACGAGCGAUUUUUCUGGACCAUGCGAAGCGGGAGUUUACAAGAUUGCAGAAAGUUCUAACAAGCGAGUCGCAUUUUCUGCUCCAAGACAAUCAUGAUUAUGAAAAGUACGAGAAACCGAAUGAGUAUGAUUACAUGACGACACUUUCCCUCCCCGUUUACAGUCGGAAAGCUGAAGAUGUCGAUCUUAUUGGAGUCGCUGGAGUUGACAUCCCUAUCAAGCUUUUAAACUCGUUAAUUCCCCACCACACGAUUGGAGUGAAUGGGUACGCAUUUAUUGUCACAAAUAACGGCUAUGUUCUCAUGCAUCCAGGACACAGGCGCGAGUUUGAAAAUAUCCCCAAACCGACGUUCAACAGAGUGGAUUUACUCGAAGUGGAAAUUUUAGACGACACAAACGAACCGCGAAUUUUCGAUAAAUCAAUUGUGAAGCUGAGGGACAAAAUAGUGCAACAAGUCACCGGUUCCGAUGUAUUGAAAGUCAAAUAUGCAUUGGACAAUAUGAAACGCAUCGUGUUGAGCAAGCGAAGGUACGUUUUCAUGUCUUUGAUGGACUCCGCUUUCAGCGUUGGCAUCGCCUUACCCGACAAAUACGGUCUCAUGGUGGCCAACAUUACGAUUAAAAAUAUCGCGAAUUAUAAAGGCGGCCUACUCCAGACAAAAAAUUGGGCCGUACAUCCAGACUGGGUUUACUGCGGCGACAACAGCGGAAAAGAACCGGAAGAAGUCGUGAAAAAUUGUUUACUACUUUGCAUUCAAAAGCGGGACUUGAAAAACAAAAAUGUAAACUGUGACGAACCACUUUUUAAGUCGCUCUUAUUUGAUGCGGAGGUCACUAAAUGGUUUGACGAACUGAUUCCAAACGAAGCCCAUUUUACGAAACAAUAUUUAGUUGAUAAUGUUUUCAUGGCCACCCACUCGGGCCUGACUCGUUGGAAGUCGCUCCAGCCACAAACUUUCGAAGAGGUGGUCGAUGAUGACGAAGGUAAAGGCAAGAAAGAGGUUUUUUGGGGGAACAAAUCAAUCGAUGAAGACUGGUACAAAAGGGCCGUUCAAGAGAAUGUCAACAGAAACGAAGACAAUUUCAUUUAUUCCGUCCCGUUUGAAAUCUCAGGAUACGAAUACAACACGAUGAUUACAAGCAUUAAUGCGAUCUUUGUAACAGCUGAAGGGAAAAAGUCACCGGUGGCGGCCGUCGGGGUCCAGUUUAACCACCGCCGAAUGCUUGACGUUUUCAACCAAACCACCGCAAAAUGUGACAGUGCCCAAAAGCCGUUCCAAUGCGCCUGCAAAGAUUUGUCUUGCUAUAUCCUGGACAAUAACGCUUAUGUCGUGCUAAGUAACGAGAAGGAAUAUACAGGGCGAUUUGUUGGGGAUGUUAGCCCCAUUAUAACCCACCGUUUGAUACAAAACGGCGUCUACAAAAGAAUCAGAAUGUUUGACUACCAGGCAAUAUGUCAGAAACCACCAGAGGCCAAAAGCAAAAAUUCUGCCACCAUGACUAUUACUUUAUUCAGAAGAUUGCUUGAAAAUUUAUUAAGUGUGACCGAUUGGGCUCUAGCUACGAUUUUAAUGUUGAUUGCUUCGGUGGCCGGAGGCCCGGAUUAUGAAAGUACAAAGAAUGAGACACUUCUGUACGAAAGACUCGAAAUUAACAAAACCGUGCCAACACCUUGCGACAAACAGAUGUGGUUGUUUACGUUGGGUGAUAGUUUUAGUUCCGUUGAUUAUUCGAACAAGUCGUCAAAAGCCGGAUGUGAUUGGUAUUAUGUCAUCGAACGCAUCCCCCACAGUAAUCUGUUGUUUAUGGCCGCAAAUCCAGUUUGCGAACUGGAUACAGUGAGCCAUUUCCAGUCCCAUUCUAAAACGCCUACACCUGUUGAAAUUGACUACAAUGACAACGAGACUCUUGCUUGCUACAUCGCCAAAUACAACAAUUUCACUCGGAGGUUUUAUACGAAAUGUUACAAUUACAGCUCCGAUGAGGAUAAGCUCGCCGGGAACAGGACGUAUUGUGGCCACACUUGGAAGCCAUAAUUUGUGUCUGUAUUGCUUGAAAUAAAUUUGCAUUGGAAA